AUGACUGAUUGCCUUUCUUAUUUCUCUAAAUCUCUGGCUAAAAUUAAUCCUAACAAGCUAUUUGUAAUUCCCAGCUGGAUCCCAAAGUUAUCUGAUCCUGCAGUUCAAUUUAACCUUGACUCCCCGACCUAUCAACAAAUUACGAAUGUUAUACGCAAAAUGAAAUCGUCUGGUUCUCCUUGCCCUCUUGAUCAACUUUCUAUAAUAAGUUUCAAGCAUUGUCCUUAUCUGAGAAAUUACCUUACUGAGCUAAUUCACGAUAUUUGGCUAUCUGGAACUGUCCCAACUGAGUGGAAAAGAGCAUGUACCAUACUAAUCCACAAGAAAGGCAACAAUAAUGACCCUUCAAAUUUCCGCCCCAUAACACUCGAAUCCAUACCUUUAAAAGUAUUUACAUCUUGUCUCCGAAACGCAGUAUACUCCUUCCUCGCAUCUAACAACCUCGUCGAACACAACAUACAAAAAGGCUUCACCCCCAACCUAUCUGGCACUCUAGAACAUACUGCACAAAUGGCUGACAUUAUUAAUAAAGCUCGGAUCAGUCAACGCUCUGUUGUCAUCACCCUACUUGAUCUUAAGAAUGCCUUCGGCGAAAUCCAUCACAACCUCAUUCAAUCCGUACUUGACUACCACCAUAUCCCUGAUCAUAUAAAAUUUGUUAUAAAAAGUUUAUAUACUGAUUUCCAAACCUCGAUAAUUACCUCUGAAUUCCGCACUCCUUUUAUGACAGUUGGCCGUGGCGUAUUGCAAGGAGAUUGCCUCAGUCCUCUUCUUUUUAACAUGUGCUUCAAUAAUUUCAUUCAGCAUAUCAAGGCUGAAAAGUACCGUCAAUUUGGGUUUUCCUUCAAAUUACUAAAUCCCAUCCAUUGGCUCCAGUUUGCUGAUGACGCGGCUGUAAUUACUGGCCAAGAAUCCGAAAACCAACAUCUAUUAAAUCGAUUUUCUAUCUGGUGCCAAUGGUCCGAUAUGAUUAUCCGAGUUGACAAAUGCAGUACCUUUGGCAUUAAAAAAGCGGUCACAAAAUCAGUUCAGUACUUGCCAAAACUCCUCAUCAGCAAUCAACUAAUACCAAAAAUCACCAUUGGAGAAUCAUUUCAAUAUUUAGGACGUUACUUUGAUUUCCACAUGUCGAAUGAUAAUCACAAAACUGAACUAGUCACCCUACUUAACGAACUAAUGUCUGAUGUUGACUCAAAGCCACUACAACCUAAAAAUAAACUGCUCCUCUACAGUCGCUACGUCUUGUCCAAGUUAGCCUGGCACCUCACCGUCGCAACACUCUCUAAAACAUGGGUUACUGAAAAUAUCGACUCUAUUGCCAACAAAUAUAUCCGCAGAUGGCUUGAAGUACCAAUAUCAGGAACACUAAGUACUGUCUUUCUAACAAAUAACAAAUUUGGCCUGAGUAUUUAUCCUCCAUCUGUAAAAUUUAUCCAGUGUCAAACAGUCCUCCGAAAAGCUUUAAAAUCUUCUCCUAAUGAAUCAACUAACGACCUGUGGAGAGCAACCAGUAACCAUACUAAUAUCCAAUAUGACGCUUAUAACUCUACUAAGGAAGUUCUCAAAGAUUUCCGUUCUGGACACGAAAACAAACUCCUAAACCAAUUAACCAGUCAAGGAUCCUUUUUCUGCAGCGUCACGACGUUCGCUUUACCUCAGCUUAGCAAG